GGGUUCCGGUUCCGGUGUGAGGGGCUGAGGCAGCAGCGGGAGCGGGAGAGGCGGCGGGCAGGAUAAUGAUGGGGCCGAGCGCGGCGGACGCGGCGGAGCAGGAGGAGCGUUUCGACGGGAUGUUGUUGGCCAUGGCCCAGCAGCACCAGGGCGGCGUGCGCGAGCUUGUGAACACAUUCUUCAGUUUCCUCAGACGUAAAACUGAUUUCUUCAUAGGAGGAGAAGAGGGAGUAGCAGAGAAGUUAAUCACGGAGACGUUCAACCACCACAACAAGCUGGCUCAGAAAGAGCGGAAGGAGAAGAAGGCCCGGCAAGAGGCAGAACGGCGUGAAAAGACAGAGCGAGCUGCCAAACUCGCUAAAGAAAAGAAGCAGGAAGAUAAUGAGCCAAGGAUCAAGGAGCUUACAGAGGAAGAGGCGGAAAGGUUGCAACAGGAAAUUGACCAGAAAAAAGAGCAAAAACAAGAUGAGCCCAAAGAUGUCUCACUGAAACCGUGUGAGAAUCAAACGGAAUCUCCAGAGCCCAGUAAACAGGAGACAGAUGAUGAGGAAGAAGAUGAGAAGGAUAAAGGAAAACUUAAACCAAACUCUGGGAAUGGGGCUGAUCUUCCAAACUAUAGGUGGACACAGACCCUUUCUGAACUGGAUCUGGCCAUACCAUUCAAGGUGAACUUCCGGCUGAAGGGGAAGGAUGUGGUGGUGGACAUUCAGAGACGGCACCUGAAAGUGGGGCUGAAGGGUCACCCCCCAGUGAUUGAAGGAGACCUAUACAAUGAAGUGAAGGUGGAGGAGAGCUCCUGGCUGAUUGAGGAUGGUAAAAUAGUCACCGUGCACCUGGAGAAGAUCAACAAGAUGGAAUGGUGGAGCAAGCUAGUUCCCACGGACCCAGAAAUCAACACCAAGAAAAUUAACCCAGAGAACUCAAAGUUGUCAGAUCUGGACAGUGAAACUCGCAGCAUGGUGGAGAAAAUGAUGUAUGAUCAACGUCAGAAAUCCAUGGGGCUCCCCACGUCUGAUGAACAGAAGAAGCAGGAUAUACUGAAAAAGUUCAUGGAGCAGCAUCCAGAAAUGGACUUUUCCAAGGCUAAAUUCAACUGAGCCCCUCUCUUUUUUUUUUUUUCCCCUCCACUCCCUUCAGACAGGCCAUGGAAUGGGGCAGGAUGUGCAUGGGUCGGGGGGAGGGAAGGGUCAUCUCCUGACCUUGGGCGAGUAAACACUCCUGUCAUCCCCAAGUGAACUUGCC